AUGGAGGGGCUAUCAUGGACCUGCAAGCUCUCUGUGACGCCGCCGAACAAGACUCAAAAACUCACCGGAGACAAGAUCACCUUACCGCAAUCUGCUCUUGAACAGAUUCUUGCUGCAGUUCGCAGUAAUCCAUCCUCUACGCUAGCGAAUCCCCUUUCCACAGAUUUCAACUCACACAAUUCCUUCGGUACUAAUGAUCCUCGACAACAAGAACUUCCACACCCUCUGACAUUCCGUCUUGUCAAUCCUCUAAAUGGCCGAGCCGUGCAUUCGGGAAUCAGAGAAUUCUCUGCUGAUGAAAACGAAGUUUCUUUGAGCCCAUUUAUCCGGGAAAGUCUCGGUAUAGAACAUUUGAACCUCGAUACUGGAUCAGGCACACCCCCUCCAAAUACGCUACCUACAGUCACAGUGCAGGCAGUCCAGCUUCCAAAGGGAUCGUAUGUACGCUUGAGACCAUUAGAAGCUGGAUAUGACGUGGAAGAUUGGAAAGCUUUGCUGGAGCGACAACUACGAGACAAUUACACAACCCUUACCGUCGGGGAAGUUUUGCCGGUUCUUGCUAACCGAAAAGAGACCAUGCAAUUUCUCAUUGACAAGGUGCAGCCGGAAGGAAAUGCAAUAUGUAUAGUCGAUACUGAUUUAGAGGUAGACAUCGAGCCUAUGGAUGAGGACCAAGCUAGGGAAAGCUUGAAAAGGAAGCUUGCAAAGAGUAGUCGAGCAUCAGAAUACGCCGGUCAAAGUUCUAUCGGCGGAACGGUAACUGAUGGACAAGAAGUGAAUGGACAAGUUCGUCAAGGGGAUUAUGUGGAUUACGAGCUUCGGUCCUGGGAACGCUCGAAACCUCUGAUCCUAGAAAUAAAUGUCGAUGGCGAUGAGGAUGUUGAUAUCUUCGCAAGCCCAUUCUCAAACCGACAAAGAGCUCGACCUCGCAGCGAUCAACAUGUAUGGGGUGAUUUCUCGAACCAGUUUCCAAAAGCUAUUGAGAUUAAGCCUACCAACGUGGAAGUUAAAGAUAUGGAUUGCCUAUAUAUUUCUAUACAUGCCCCUCUUUCGGGACCAGAUGGGCAGAAUAAUUCUGCAGAAGCAAGCCAGACACAGCCGAUCAAGUUCCAGCUUCGGGUAUCUACUUCUGCCAAACCAGUGGAAACGGUGGCAGAGGACGACCUAGGCCAUUUUGCGCAUAGUGCCAAUGAAACGCAAUGCACAAAUUGUCUUCAAUGGGUUCCCAGAGCAACCAUGGUCCUGCAUGAGAACUUUUGUCUUCGCAACAACGUUAUUUGCCCUAAAUGCCGGAAAGUCUUUCAGAAACGAUCGUCCGAAUGGGAAGGUCACUGGCAUUGCGCUCAAGAUGAUUCAUAUGGAACUGGGGCCUCAAGUAAAGUUAGACAUGAUACAAUCUUCCAUUUAAACUAUACUUGUCGCGACUGCCAGCAUGUCUCUCGUAACCUUCCAGAUUUGGCUCAGCAUCGAACCACAGUAUGUCCCGAGAAGCUUAUCCUAUGUCAGUUUUGUCACCUUGUUGUCCCUCAGAAAGGCGAGUCGGACCCGGAGGUUUCAGAUCCUGAAGUUGUUCUGUCCAACCUUACACCGCAUGAGCUGGUUGAUGGUGGUAGAACUACAGAGUGUCAUUUAUGCCACAAAAUUGUUCGUCUCCGAGACAUGAAUACCCAUCUACGCCACCAUGAACUCGACCGAGUCUCACGGUCGUCUCCGCAGUUAUGCUUAAAUAUUAACUGCAGCCGGACAAUUAACGGCCCCAAUAGUAAUCAAAGGAAUUUGACAAAUGACACACUUGGGCUUUGCAAAGUCUGUUUUGGCCCGUUAUACGUGGAUGUCUAUGACCCGGAGGGUAAGGCGCUCCGCCGUCGUAUCGAGCGAAAAUAUCUCUCUCAGAUGCUUACGGGGUGCGGGAAACCUUGGUGCCGAAAUAAAUACUGCAAAACCGGUCGUGCGAAUUCGAACAUUGACGCAGGGGCUACAUUUACUUCUAAAGAUAUAAUUUCAAUGACCAAACCAUUCGUUGAAGGGGUCUCUAUCGGUCCUACAAAGGUCAACACGUCGCCUCUUUAUUUCUGUACAGAUGAAACCACCCAAAGGCGGAGAGAAUUAGCCGAAGUACUAGCUGCAGAGGGGGUUGUUGGCACGGAAACACAUACAGAAAGUUAUGAAAUGGAAUGGUGCAUAGCAGCCUUAGAGUCUACCAAUGGGGACGUAUUUAAGGCUAGCGAAUGGCUUCAUAACUGGGCUCCGAAGAAAGGAGAGACCUUUGCAAGUUCUCCAUAA